AUGGAAAUUCUCUGCCUUCCAGAUCCCCCAUUUUUCUUGUUAAGACCAGAGAUAACUAAUAGUGCCACCAAUCCUGGCUUCGUUAGAGCACAUCAGGACUGGCAGGAGAGCCUCGCAGCUCACAGGGCAGAGAACCCAGGCCUAUGUUACAGUCACACAGAAAGCAAACCUUCAGCUGCUGAGACAGCAACUGCUGGCUGCUCAGCAGCAAGCAUUGUACUCAAAUCUCGAAUGAUCCCCUUGGAUUGUUUUUUUGUUCGUUUAAAUCAAGCCUGGGGCUGUUGGACAGUAGCUGCACACCCAUAUUGUGUGUCCUGUGAGUGCUAG